AUGUCGCAAUUCAUAUCCUUUCUGUCGCCAACCGCGUCGCUGGCCACCUCGUACGACAAGACCAAGCCGGCCGACGACCAGCCUGCCCGCGACAUCCCCACAACUUUCACGGAUGCCAUGACCGUUCGCGAGCGCGUCUUCGUCGAGGAACAAGGCGUGCCUCUGGAGAACGAGUUCGAUGAUGACGAUCCUCGCUGCUUCCACUGGGUCGUGUACGCAUCGGUCGGAACGUCGAGCUGCGGCAGCAACGGCGGUUCGCCACUCUCCAGCGGCACGCCCGACAACUCCGAAUCCCCACCCCCGCAGGAUGAACGUCGCCAAAGCGACCCCACAGCCAACCGCGUCGCUGUCGGCACCAUUCGCCUCGUCCCACCGCCGCACCCGCCGCACCCCGCACCCUCGGACACACACAAGCUAGAUAAUUCCCUACGUGCUCCGCCCACCGGGUCACAGGCUAAAGGCAUCCCCGGCUCUGAGCCGUACAUCAAGUUGGGUCGUCUUGCCGUUCUGCCAGCAUACCGCAAACUGGGACUGGCUUCCCUGUUGACGCGCACCGCCUUGGAUUGGGCUGCGCAGAACAGUUACCAGAUUCUAAGCCCGCCACGUCCCGAGGAGGUGGAGCUGGCAAGAGUUGAGGGCCGCGACGAUGAUAUCGACUCCUGGAGUGGUCUCACGCUGGUCCACGCACAGAUCCAGCUUGAGAAAUACUACAAUAGAUUCGGCUUCGUCAAGGACGAGGAUAUGGGGGAGUUCGACGAGGAAGGCAUAGUGCACAUUGGCAUGUGGCUUACCCUGAAGCUACGGGAGUAA